AUGCCGCCACCACCGCCCUUGGAUCCGCGUUCACAUGAGUCGCUCCCUGAAAGCAUGCAGAGUGGGCUUGCCUCGCCUCCCUACCAACCAAGAAAUCUCAGCGAGCCACUGCCGCCGGUUUAUGCGAGUCAAUCCAAUCUUGUUGCCCACUCUGACCCCAGCGACGAUCACAUGCUCAAUGAUGCUGCCGUAGCUGCUCUGGCCUCCGGUGACACCAAAGCGUUUUCAGAGUCUGCUCACCCUUCCAAUCUCGAGCCCUCCCACCAGCAGCAACAGCAGGAUCAUCAUCAUCACCUUGACGCACACGAUAACAGCAUUUCGAUGAACUCUACAAGCUCUUUCUCUCCCAACUCUCGGCCAGGCACGGCUGGCCCACGCGUUGCUAUCACUGACCCUCUGGCCGAGUUUCGCGACGGACACCUCCCCAAACCUCCCGGUCUUGGUCCCAAGUCAGACUACCCCCCUUACGAAACCAACCGUACCCCCGGCACUUUUGACUACAACAAGAAUGUUCCCUACCGUCCUCCUUUCAUCCGCCAGGAUAGCGAGGUUUCAUCCACCGAUGGUGGCAAUGACCGCGACUAUGGCGACUUUGACUGGUCCGACGAGGAGGACCUCGACGAGGCAGUACGAUUCGAAAACGAACAGGCAAAGCAGGUCCGCAUGGGUCGCCUCAGUCUUUGGAAGAUCCUCAAUUUUCUCGCUACCACUUUUCUCGGCAACCUCAUCGUCUCUGGUUGCAUGCUCGUACCCGUCAUUGUCAUUCAGUACGUCUAUCGUCGACGCGGUCCCGAUGAGGGCCGCCGCGACUACAUUGCUGAUAAUGUGCAAGCCUGGUUCAUCUGGGCUGCUUUCAAUAUCCACGUCGAAUGGUGGAUUCAUUUGCUCGUCGAGCUCUUCCCAAAAGCCGUGCUUGGUCUGAUCCAGCUCAUCUGGGGCCGUCCAAGCCAACGCGUGCUUUCGCUCGCCGAAUACUUCAAUGCUAUAAAAAAGUAUAUCAAGCUCGUCGGCUACGCUGCACUCAACUGGGGCUCUUGGGCCAUCAUUUUCACCUCGAUCUAUGGCCUCUACAGCCAAUCUGACCCACGCAAGAGUCGAGCUGGCUACCUCUACCGCAUCUACCAGGUCAUCCAAUUCUUGUUCUUCUUGACUCUCACCAUUUGCAUCGAAAAGGUCAUCAUCAAGCACAUUGCCAUGUCUUUCCACCGAAGCGCUUACGCUGACCGAAUCGCCAAGGUCACCAAGUCGCUCCAAGUCUUUGACUGGCUCCGCGACCACAAACCAAAGCUCAAGGCUCGAGACACAAACUCUGUCUUUGGUCUCUCUCGCUCGACUCGAGCUUCUCCCAGUGUGAGCGGUGCUGCGACGCCCAUCGCACCCACCGACUUUGCUGUCGAUGUCGACACCAAGGGCACACGUAACGUGUCUGACUCGAGCAAGGGUUCCUGGUUCAAAAAACACAGCAAGAAGCGUCCCUCGGUCCAAGCAGCUUACGCGAUCCCCAACGAACGCGCAAUCGAUCCUGCCACCGGGCUGCCCGCAGAGGGCCAAGCGCCUGCACGAGGAGACGGCAAGUCGAACCUCAUUGCCCGCGUUGCAGCUCGUGGAGGACGCAGGGUACGUGCCACCGCUGGACAAGCUAGCACGCUGGCGCGUGUUGCCAUGAACGAUCCUUUCGGCCUUCUUCGCAACGAGGCUCUCGGCAUUGGCACGGAUGUGAACUCGCCUGCCGAAGCAAAGAGACUUGCCCGUUCCAUCUUUGUCGCCUUCCGUGGUACACACAAGCGUAGCUACCUCAUUCCCUCAGACUUUGAGCCCGCGUACACUAGUCCAGAAGAUGCAAAAGACGCAUUCAGCGUGUUUGACCGUGACGGCAAUGGCGACAUUUCGCAGUCCGAAAUCAAAAACACCGUCAUGCAGGUUUACAAGGAGCGUCGCUUCCUCAGUCGAUCCAUGCAAGAUGUCAACCAUGCCGUCGGUCAGCUCGACGGUAUCUUCCUGGCCGUUUGCCUCGUCAUCAUCCUCUUUGAAGCGCUCGCCAUCUUCAAUGUCAACAUUGGCAAGACGCUCACCACCUUCUACACGCUCGCCAUUGCAUUUGCUUUCAUCUUCAAGGAAUCAGCUGCCAACGUCUUUGAUUCGAUCAUUUUCAUCUUUGUUACGCAUCCCUUUGAUACGGGCGAUAGGAUUCAGAUCGGCGAAACUGUGCUCGUAGUCAAGCGAAUGUCUCUGUUGUCGUGCCUCUUCACUGACUCGCUCAAUCAAGACGUCUACAUCAGUAACGUCAUCCUCUCGGCAACCAGCAUCCUCAACAUGCGUCGCUCUGGUUACCAAUGGGAGCCCAUCACGGUGCAAUUCGACUUCAACACACCACUUGAGAAGCUCGAUGCGUUGGAAGAGGAUAUGAUUCACUGGCUGCAGACCGAGCCCGAACGCCUGUUCAUUCCCAGCACCGCCAUCGUCCCCCAGAAGAUCGAGUAUAUGCGCUCCAUCGAGUGCACCAUUGGUAUGACCCACGCCGACACGUGGCAGGAUUGGGGACGUCGCUUCUACCGCAAGAACGCCUUCUUCUCUGCGUUCGCAUUCUACGCUAAGAAGCACGGCAUUCGCUACGCCAACCCGGUGCAGCCGAUCGUCUAUUGGACUGAGAACGCUGCUACCCUUCCGCCGAGUUACGACCCGUCGGAUCCGCGAACUUCUGCUCCGCAUCGCCACGAUUCCUUGACGGACGAAGAGGACAACGGCUACGUGCUGGACGACUUUAGCCCCUCCCCGUAUGCUAGCCCUCAGAUCCGCGCUGCGGGCGGUGCGGUUGCUUUGCCCGCCAAGAAGCCGAAAUCGUUCAUGAACUUCACUCCCCCACCUGACGAGUUUGAUUUGGAUUCGAACAAUGUUCGUCAGCGCAAGGCCAGACGCGAGGCCAAGAAGUUUGCCAACCAGGGCGGCGAUGGUGGUUGA